AUGGCACUACAGAUAUUGCUUUGUUUCAUCUUCAUUAUCAGUGAAGUACCAGUGGAUACAGUUAGUUUAGCAUCAUGUAGCGCUGGCUGGUUCGGCUCCAGCUGUCAGUACAAAUGUCACUGUGCCAACAACCAAUGUGAUGUUGACGGAAAGUGUACAGGAGGGUCUACAUGUGUUAGGGGAUGGUUUGGUCCUCUAUGUCAAUAUCAGGAUUUAGCACAAUUGAAUGCAACUACAUUACACGCCACCCUAACAGAUGGAGACGAUGCCACAUGUUCGAGUGUUUUAUCAUUUAGCCUGACUUGGCUAAUAAAUUACCAGGUUACGUGGUUCAGAAUAGUCACACAACAGUCAAAUUCAUUACUGAGCAUUCAGCUGACUUUAAAUAAAACGGUCACCCCAACUACAUAUCUGAUCAAAGUUACUGACAGAGUCACUGACAUCCUCUGUCAGACAGAUGUCACUGCCACACAUGUGAGUCUACACUUCGGAUCAACGGUAGCACUUUGUUCUGUUUACAUUAGUGGAGGUAGAAAUGUUGCUCUAAAACAAAACACCAGCCAGUCAAGUGAUUAUACUGAAGAUGGUGUAGUGCGCUACUCGUUUCUGGCUGUGGAUGGUAACACAAGUGGGAACUUUUCACACAACACUUGUACACAUACAGCAGUAAACCGGCCAGGCUCAUGGAGAGUUACAUUUUCAAGUACAAAAAGUGUCAACCGAUACCUGCUUUAUAACAAAGACAAAGACCGUCUACGACUAAAAGGAUUCGUAUUGAACAGUUUCGAUUACACUGCUUUAAAGCUGUUUGAGUACAGAGAUACAAGUUCUAACGACAAUGUACCAAUCUACACAAUAUCAUCAAUCUUGCACGGUCCAGUGUCUUAUGUUAAUAUAUCUGUAGUAGAUAUUCUAACUCUAUGUGAGGUCGAGAUAUACGGUGAUAACGUGUGCAACACAAGAAAUUACGGCCUAGAAUGUACCAAGACCUGCAACUGUAACGACCCAACUGAGACAUGUUUUGUAGCUACAGGUGGAUGUCAGUCUGGUUGUGCUGCUGGCUAUCAAGGGGAGGGGUGUUUACAGCGUAUGUAUACUGUUCCAAAAUACGACGCAGUUAUACGCGGAUAAGGUACUUUGACCUCUUGUGAUUUGUCUAUAUAUGGUUUGUCCCCAUGUAGUUUUAUAAUAAUUUAGCUUUAUUAUGGAUUGACAAAUUAAGGCUGUCGGUCCACUCGAAAAGAAAUAUCGCUUAUAAACAAAAGUUAAAAAAGAAUACAAAUAUAUUCAAAAGAAUAAUAUUUAGUUAACAAA